GGCUACGUUGCCACAUCGUCCAGCAUAAUUAUUAUUGUUACGCGAGCGCAAGCUGCUCCCGAAAAGUUUUUGUUUCUGCAAAAUUGUCAAAUAAAUUGGUUAAAAUGUUGGCACUGCGCAGCACGCAAAGACUCAGCAUACGUGCUCUGCUGCCGGGUAUGCAAAACGUGGGACUCGUCAACUAUUCUAGCAGCUCGCAAUCCAAAGACGACGAUGGCUCCUCCUCCUCCGAUGAUGAGAAGAAAACCAAAAAGGCACGCAAGCCGGCUGAGCCAACAGAAACAGCGGCACAGCGUUUGAAUCGUUUGCUGGGCAGUAUGCAAACGCAGUCCAAUGAUCAGUUGACUGCCACGGAGUUUCCACGUCCCGGCGAUGCUAAUCGACGGCGCCGGGAGGCUCUGAAGCAGGACCCUGCCUCUAACAAGGAUGUGAUCACAGCUGCCAAGAAUAUAGCCAGCAUGUUGGGCAGCAGCGAAAGCGAUAAGAAGCAAACUGAAUCCGAGUUGCUGGCCAAACUGCUAGGACAUAAUUUGGAUGUUGCACCUACUGCAGAUGGAGCUCCAGGCGAUGCCAAAGGCACAGCAGGAGCGGAGUCCAGUGCCACAGAAAAGGAACUGAAUUUGAGUGACAUAAUUGUGGGCAUGAAGAUUGAUCGUCGCCAGCAGCCAGCUCAUCAAGAGCAGACUCGCGGCGAGUAUGUGCGUCGCUCGCUGGCAUCUCGUCCCCAAUCCCGUUCAGACACCGCAAACAUCAAAAAGCAGCAGCGACCACAACGUCACGUAAAGCGCGAAGCCGAAGUUUUCACGGGCAGCGUUAAUUUAUAUGGCAGCGAACCGUUGGGCAUCUUUACCAAAGCUGCUACCACACUUCAGGAUUCACCUGACAUUCUGUCCACCUGGUCGUCGCUUAGCGAACGUGAAUUAAAGCUGCAGGCAGCGCAGCCGCCAGCAAACCAUUUCGAACAAAUGAUUCAGUGGACAACACAAGGAAAACUCUGGCGUUUCCCCAUCAACAACGAGCAGGAUCUGCAGGAGGAGGCGAACGUGGACUUUUCCGAGCAUAUCUUUCUCGAACAGCAUUUGGAGGGAUGGUGUCCCACCAAAGGACCCAUUCGUCAUUUCAUGGAGCUGGUGUGCGUCGGUCUCUCCAAGAAUCCCUAUGUGACGGCACAAGAGAAACAGGAGCACAUUUUGUGGUUCCGCGAUUACUUUGAGGCCAAGAAGGACAUACUCAAGGAUCUAAUGAGCAAAGAAGGCAUUGAGAAAAUCAAAAGCGUUUCCGCUUAAAAAAAGGCUUUUUGUUUUUCGGGGAUGUUGUGAAAUAUUUGUUAAAAAUAUAUUACUUUUUUUGCUUUAUAAGUCGA